AUGCUCUGUCAGCUCAGUGCUGACAGCAGAGCUCUUGAGAGCCAGUCAUUAUGAAAGCAGCGAGCGUGUGGGCCGCGGCUGCUGUCCUGUACAGUAUCGCAGUGAGCGGGAUUGUGGGAUUCACAUUCACAGCAGCACCGAGAGAGAAAAAAAAAACAUGGCGGCUGCCGAAUGUGCAGCAAACGAUUUGCGGAAGUGAGGUGCCCACAUUCUGCUGCUGAGGAGAGAGCACCACGAUGAGGAGACAGUAGGCACCCACCAUAGUAUGGCCGCAUCCCGCUCGUCGCGCGUCACAAGAUCAUCAGUGGGGAUAAAUGGAUUGGAUGAGAACUUUUGUGGUCGAACUCUCAGGAACCGCAGCAUCGCCCAGCCGGAAGAGAGCUCUCCGUCUCCUGUGCCCAGAGCCCGCUCGCCCAAGAAGAAGCAGGACUGUCAGCAGCACCAGCAGACCGGAGCACAGGUCGGAAAGGUAGCCGAGAGCAAGGCGGAGGGUGAGCCCUUGCCAUCCUACGGAAAGCGAGGCUUGCCGAGCUCCGAGAAAGACGAGUCGGACAAAUCAGACAACUGCGAGCGUCCUAGGGCCGGGGGUGGGCCGGAAGCCUCCCCUGCCCUGAAGAGGGCCAAACGUUGCCCUCGCUCAGGUGAAUCGCAGGGGGUUGAGGAGGAAGCUUCUCUCAAACCGGAGAGCCCUGAUCCCACUGCACUGAAAGAAAAUGACGAGGGCGCCAAAACGAACGUGUCCUCGGACCCUCCGCUCAGCCUUGACAAAGAGGCAGAGCAGAAAGAGGACGGCCCGGCGGAGGAGAUCGCCCCUCUGCCGCAGGCCCGCGAGAACGUCAAGGCCACCAACGGCCUCACUGAACUCCAUAAGGAGAAUUCAGAAGUUGCAGCCUUACCCCCGCAGCCCUGUGCCUCCCUUGCCACGCUUAACAACAGUCCUUCACUGUUAAACGGCAGCCAGGCUGCACCCUCAUCCCCCGACCCUAUCGUGCCUUGUAGAUCCCUUCAUCCCAAGCAAGCCAAUGAGUCCGACAGCCCUCAGAUUGACUGUGAGAGAAACUGCACGCCCAAGGAAGCUGCCGAGGCCGUGCUGUCCCGGGAACCCGAGAUGGAGGUAGAGGUGGACGUCGUAGGGGACGCUGGCCAGGCUCACGACGAGCUUGCAAGAGAGGAGAGCACCAAUGGCGGCUUUCAGGCUGAGCCGCAGGAUCCUUCUGACAACUGCUCGAAUAUCUCAGGAGAAACGGUGGUGCUGACUGCCUCCCAGCAGCCUGCGGAGCCCCCCUCCUUCACAGAGCCUCAAGAACACCGAUACACCCUGAGGACUUCACCGCGCCGCGCUGCCUUUGGUAGUGGGCUCAAAGCCAGCUCCCCCAAACCCAGUUCCCCGCACAUAGACAAUGGUUCGUUGAAGGAGGAGUCCACGCCGGUUCCUCUUCCCUCUGAGGACACCAGCCAUAAAGACCUUCCCCACCAUGCACUGGGGCUUUCUAGCAAGGCAGACAAUGAACUCUCAGAGAAAGCAGGGGUCAGUGGAGAGGUCGGAGUGUUGGAUAGUAGAGUGUCGAGAUCCACCAAAGAGCUGCUGGCCGCUCAGGCUGAGGAAGAUGAGGAGGAAGAGGAAGAUCCAGAUGUCUACUAUUUUGAGUCUGAUCACUUGGCUCUCAAACACAACAAAGAUUAUCAGAGGUUGCUCCAGACCAUCAGUGUACUGGAGGCCCAGCGAACCCAAGCCAUCCUGGACCUGGAGACACUGGCACGACAUCAGAAGGAAGCCCUGUCUGACCCCAUCGCCUUUGUGGACCAGCUACAGAAACGGGUAGAGAUGGGUCUGCCUCAGCCCCAGAGAGUAGUCCAGCUCCCGGACAUUGCAUGGGACCAAUACACCUCAGGCCGUGGCGACUUUGAAAGGGAGUUCUGUGACAAGAAGCGCAAAACCCGACAGUUGCAGUUAAUAUUUGACAAAGUGGGGUUGCCUGCUCGACCAAAAAGUCCUGUGGAUUCCAAGAAGGAGGGUGACUCCUCAUCUGUUUACUCCUCCUCCCUGCCGUCAAGUGACGGUCCAGAACACAGCAUGUCCAGUAGCAGAACUCAGAUGAUUAGAGGGAGGCUGUGCAACCAGAACAAACCUGACACCUUCAACCAGCUGUGGACUGUUGAAGAGCAGAAAAAGUUGGAGCAGCUGCUUUUGAAGUUUCCACCAGAGGAGAUCGAGUCUAAACGCUGGCAGAAGAUCGCAGAUGAACUUGGCAACAGGACCGCCAAGCAGGUUGCUAGCAGGGUACAGAAAUAUUUCAUAAAACUGACAAAAGCUGGUAUUCCAGUACCAGGCAGAACACCCAAUGUGUGCAUGUACAGCAAAAAGGCCUCCAGUAAGCGACAGCACCACCUCAAUAAGCACCUGUACAGGCCCUCGACAUUCCUCACCUCAUACGAGCCGCCCGUCUACAUGGAUGAUGAGGACGAACGGUCUCACUUCUUCAACAGCCUCCAGGAUAAUGGAGCGGAUGAUUCGGAUGAGGAAGGAGUUCCAGUGGAGCUGAGGCACCUGCCGGAGUAUAAGGAGCUACUAGAGCUGAAGAAACUCAAGAAACAGAAACUACAGGAGAUCCAGGCAGAGAGCGCUCUCAUGCAGCACGUUGGCUAUAAGUGUGACUUGUGUGGCAUUGAGCCCAUCCAGGGUGUACGGUGGCACUGUCAGGACUGUCCGCAGGACAACGCUGUGGACCUCUGCAGUUCCUGCUCCGACUGUUUGUUCAAAACGGAGACCCACAAGCCCACACACAGACUGGAGCCAGUCUGCCAGGCCGAAACCUUCCUGGACAAAGACUACUGCUUACCGCAGAGCACAGGCUACAACUACCUGGACCCCAACUACUUCCCUGCCAACAGAUGACAGGGACAAGCUCCGGCGCUAGUAUCCAAGGCUGGGCCACAGCCCCCAGGGCAUUCUGUGCAUGGCUCCAUCAUCCAAGUCAAAGAAAUGCUUACGUUUGGGCGAGAGGGUACCACAGAUGGGCCGCAACUCGCCCCGACCCGCUGCCGGAGGGGGCUGGGGUGGGGGAGGGGUCGGGGGAGGGAGGGGGCAACGCCCUGCCGCGGUUGUCAAACCUUACCAGGUCUCGUCAAGUAACACUAUCUCAAAUCAAAAGAAAUGAGAGGAAAGAACGAACAAAAGAAAAGGCGCACCGACAUUCCCAAUCCCAGGACAUUUAGAAGGCAACCCGACGCCUCCCUUUGUUCCACCGUUUAAAUGACGUGCGUCAGUUACGCACCUCUCGGAGGAGCGCGCGGCUCUGGAUUCAUCGGCAGGAGCGGGGUUGGGCUUGCGUUAAAGUGCAAAAUGUCGUCUGUAGUUGAAAUAUUUAUAAGUGAAGCUUUGUGUGUGAGCUCUUUUCGUGAGGCGGGAGUACAAGGAAAGGAACUUGGUGCUGAGACUGUCGUCUUUGAUUCAUACCAGGUUUUUAACCAAUCGAGGAGGUUCGCUCACAACUCCGACGUUCUAAACAGGGGUUAAAAAAACAAAAACAAAAAAUCCCAGCCGACAGACCCCAUACGUGUCUCUUGCCAUGGGCUACCAUUUUCACUAGAAGCUGCUCUUUGUUUCCUCUUAUGACCAUUACAUGAUGUUGUCACUUUAUUUACGUUCAUUUCUUGUUUUUUACAUUACGCCGAAUU